AUGUAUUCCGUGAAGAACUUGGAAGUCCCUCGAUCCAGCGGGAUUCGCAAGAAAAGGAAGUCCAGGUCGGAGCGUAACCGGGAAAACGGUCGACCCAAGGCCACCAAGACCAACAACCACGUGAAGGGGUCUCCGUUUCGCUUCUCCUCGGACUCGGAAAGAGAGGGGAGCAGGGAGCCCACCUCGUCCCGGCCCAGACCCCCGCGCAGGAAGAGGAAAGAGUCAACGUCCGCCGAAGAAGACAUCAUCGACGGUUUCUCCAUUACCGGAUUUGUAACUUUCGAGGCGCUGGAGAAGAACAUGACGUCUGAGGAGAGCAGAGGCAACAAAGGCGGACCGCUGCACAAGAAGAAGCCACACACAGUCCCCAACGGUCUGAGGUUCAACGCCGGCCACACCGACCACCAACACGCCCCAUCAGACCAGGAGAACAACCCACGGCUCGCCCAGACACUCAAGAGGAAGAAGAAAGUCAUCGGCAAGAAGCGCUGGCAGUCGCAGCAUGGAGCAUGGGCUGGUUCCAACUGCACGUCGCCCGGUCGGCCUCCUGUAGUGUGUCUGGAGCUCCAUAAGCUCUGGUGUCUGUCCUGCUCCUCCUGCCUCAGGCUCUGGCACGCUCUCCAGUAUACAGGCUGGUUAUUUGUGACUCAUUGCUGGGUCUGA